AGCUUUGUUCUGCCACACUUGUUAUCCCUGCUGUCCAUGGAUGGAGCUAGUUUAGCUUAGCUGAUUUAACCUCUCCCGAGUGUGUCAGUGUGUCGUUCUCGGUUUGUAACAUGAAGUAGGAGGAUACGGCUGGAGCUGCUGCGUUUGAAACAGCGUAAGGUCGCCACUUCGUUUAAGAGUUAGCGUACGAUUUAUUUUUAAAAAAGUUGUUCCUUUUAAAAUAAAACCAGUUAAAAAAGAUGAAGUAUGUGUAACGUAAACCUGGGAUAUUACUCCGUGCCAACCCGACGAAGCUUUCCUGUUCACCGGUUCAUCCAAAACUUGGAUUCUCAGGCCCUUUAUUCACCUCAAGAACUUAUGUCUUUUGAAGGAAGAUAUGAAUCCUAUGAGGCGUAUAGUGCUAAACACCGCACCACAUGAUAUUUGGUCUCUAAAAAUACUUCUGGACCUCAAAAAUGACACAGUACAAUGGAUGCUGAAGGAUAUAAAAAUGAUCUGCGCUGUACAGAAGCGGAGAGCUUUUGGCAUGUGGUGCAGAAAUCAGGAGAUCUGGAACAGAGGAGCAGAGACUGUGAGAGCUUCAAGCUGGUGGAAGUAUUUCUGUCAGGAGGUGCCCCGUGGGGGUUCACGCUCAGAGGGGGACUUGAACACCGGGAGCCACUGCUCAUAACCAAGGUUGAGGAGGGCAGUAAAGCAGCAGCUGUGGGUCUCCAGGUGGGAGACGAGCUUGUCAACAUCAACGAGAUUCCCCUGACUGGAUAUAGACAGGAGGCAAUCUGCCUUGUGAAGGGAUCCCACAAGACCCUCAGUCUGGUGGUGAAAAGGAAUAUGAAAAUGGUGGAUAUUGUAGCUCAGAAAAUGCCCUCAGAGAAUGACGUGCUUGUGGCGAGAAGCUUUCUUACGAAGAUUUUGCGAAGUUCCAUGAGAAAGCAGCACCUAAAAGGGAGGAAUGAACCUAUAAGUAGGCCUCACUCCUGGCACUCCACCAAGUUCAAUGAAAGCCAACCAGGGACUGCCAAAACACAGUCUCCACCCGCGGCAGUCUGGCACACUCACUAUGAUGCAAGCUCGUCAUCGGCAAAUCUCUCCACCAGCUGGGAGCAAACAAACCUGCGCAGAGUGUCCGACCAGUUCAGCUCUCACGGCAGCAUGGACAGCCUAGAGCAUGUGUCACACCCAUACCCGGCCGGUCAGCUCUCGCACACCAAAUCAAACAACAGCAUGGAGCAACUCGGAGGAGGGAAAAGGGACUCGGCCUACAGCUCUUUCUCCACCAGCUCCAGCACGCCGGACUACACCCUCUCAAAAAGCAAUGCUGCUUCAACAGAGAACAUGGUCUACAAAGUCGGGCAGUGGGAGGGGGGAGGAAAGCACAACAGCAGUGGCAGAAAUGGCCACAGCCUGGCCGCAGAGGGAGUCAGACAGGACGACAGGCUCACGUAUUUUCAGAUGCCAGGCGUCAGCUCAGGCUGCGAUGGUCCACAGACCGAGGAGCCAGCUGGUUCCCACCAUUCAACUUCAAGUAGAACCAGCUUUGGGCCUGUUUGGAACGUCCCUGAGAAAAAGAAAACUGCUUCUUCCUCUCCUCCGCCUCCACCACCACCCACACGCAGUGAUAGUUUUGCUGCCACUAAAGUCCAUGAAAGAGGGCUGGUGAUUGCUCACCCUGAAGGAAUCGAUUCCCACCUGCAAUCCAGAGCUUCAUGUGAAAAUCGCUGUCACAACAUUUCCUCGAAGAACGACCAUGACAGUUUUUACUUUCAGUCUGAAAAAUCCCAUCAGGACCAGUUCACUUCAAACAAACGGUAUUCCCACUCCAGUGAUGUUCGGCAGCCCACCCAUGUUGGCCAACCUUACCAUCAAAGACACCACAGCGAGAAAACCACUUUUCAUCCUCAGCCUUGGGCUACUUCUGCACCAAAGCCACAGAACGUAGGUGGGUACUAUUACAGCAUGCAGGAGGUAUCUGCUAACGGUUCAACACAACACGCUGGCCAGAGCCAGAGAAAGAACUUAAGUUCCUCUACAGGCCCUGACCAAAACACAGAGAGCAGCGGGCACAGCCGAUACUACUGUGUGACUACAAUCCAGCCCACACAGCCGAACCCUGUGUCUUUGUCAGGAAUACCAGAGGACAGGGGCUGUGCGACAUAUCUGCCACAGACUGGAAAUGAGCGAACCUCUCACAGUCCGCAGACUGUUGCUAAAGUGAAGUAUCAUCUGCCCCAACAGCAGCAGCACUCACACGUUAAAGACACCAACGGGUACAGCAAGCACCAAGUCACUAGUGUACACGAAAACCCUGCACUCAAAACAGGCUCCGAAGAUUGGGGAGGCCAGAGAGGGCACAAUACACAGACAGCAGAAUCUCAGCACAGCAGUCAGUCUGAACAGCGGUGGCCUCUACCACUGCAGCACAGAGAACCCCCCCAAGAUGUCAAGCACGACAGCCAAAUGAGCAACAAGAUCUCCCCCCAGGCCAACCCCAUGCUCCAUUCGCUGUCUUUGGAUGUCGCAGGGCAAGAUGACAGAGGCAGAGGCGGUGCAGUUUCUGACGAGUCCACUGAAGCUAAGCAGUUAAAGCGCGAAGAGCGCUUUGCCACCACACUGAGAAACGAAAUUCAGAUGAGAAGGGCAAAGCUGCAGAAAAGUAAAAGUGCGGCUGUCCUCCCCUGGGUUGAGGGUCAGGCUAAAGAAGAUCAGGACAUCUGGAAGUCCACCGAAAGUACAACUCCAAACUCCUCCUCCAGCUCCUACAAGGACCACCUGAAGGAAGUGCAAGAGAGGGUGCUCAAGGCUACCUCUUUCAGGAGGAGAGACCUGGAGCUAGUUUUACCGGAGCACUCUAAUGCUGAGGCUUUACCUAACUACCCAUCCUCGGCACAUGCACGCAAAGAUGUCACGCCUCUGCCAACUGUCACACAGUCAGCAACGAGCCAUUCAGGAGGUCAGGUGACUCGCAUUGGUGGUCGAAAGCAUUUUCCUGCAGAAAAGAAAGUUAAGUCUUUCUCUGAACCAGACAAAAUUCACGAAGUGGGGACGAAAGAGGGUGUCGCUCCAAGUGAUAAUACAAGCUCCUCAUUAGACCAGCAUAUACUCUUUGAAGACGGUAGGAAACCAGGUCUCGCUCACCACAUGCCCCUUGAGAGCCAUAUCAAGCACCAAAGUCGAGAACCCGCCUCCGUUGGUGCAACAGAGAAUGCAAUGAAAGGAAUCAAAGGUAGAGAUUACACUGAGGAGGGCCUCAGAGUUUCUACAGAAAAGCAGUCCAUCCAAGACCAGCAAAGACUGGGCACGUUUGCCGAGUAUGAGGCCAGCUGGAAUACACAGAAGAAACCUUCAGAGAAAAGAGUCUCUGGACGGUACAAGUCAGCUGAUAACAUACUCGAUCCAGGAACCGAGGAGAGAGCCAGAACCACCUGCUCCCAUGAGAGGUUCAGAUCGUCUCCAUCUACAGAAGUCUACGAACAGAAGAUUCCAGUUCCUGCAAGGAAGUCAGAGGCAGAGUAUUCAGAGCCGGAGAGUAAACCUGCUGAACCGCUCAGCUCUGACACAUGGUUCCCUGACAGAGCUCCAGGUGAUUGUAAAGUGAGAGACAAGCCUGCAGAGUUUGAACAUUACUCAGCGCCACCCCCUCCGCCCAUGACGGGAGCAGACCCCGACUGCAGACACAGAGCUGCUGCUGCCACCCUCAACCACAGACCCACAUCUGUUUCUCUCGGCCUCACAGAGACUGCCCCCCCUCAGCCUGAGGACCACAGUCACACAGACCCGCACUCUGGACCCAGGAGAAAGCCCCCUGCACUAGAGAACCCUCUGCCUCCACCCAGAUGCCCAGAGGUCGACUCCCACGAGUCCUCCACCGGUUCCCAGAGUGAAGGCUUAACCCUCUCUGAUCAUAACUCCGCCUUCAACCACACCCACACUGUUAAAGGAGACUCUGAGCAGGGCAAAGGACAAGGGGCAGGACAUCAUCACUCAGCCUCUCCCUCUGCGUCCUCCUACAGACCUUCAGGGCUGGCCAGCAUGGAGGGGCACCGCUCACCAUCUCCUCAGUUUUCCCCACAGAGACUCAGCGACAGGCCUCCGGUCUCUCUUCAGGAUGAAAUCUCAAACAGGAUGGAGCAUGUGAUAGAAAACCAAAGCUCUGCAGUGAGAAAAGUGCCCAUCAGGAUUGUGCACUCGGGAGGAAAUGCAGAGAAGGAAAAUACACCAUUUUUGCAGCACAGCAACCCCCCUGCCAUUGAAGCUGAGGGGCACGCCGUGACCCGGCUCGGCAGCCUCGGACCUGCGGGUCAAGACUCUGUCUUCUGCGCCUUCACCAGGCAGAAGGAGCCUGAUGGCGUCCCACACCCUCAAAAGCAACAGAUGCCCCAGAGAGACGCAUACAUGACGACUAUAGGAGAUCACCUCCAACCGCUGCCACCCACAGACGUGUCCAGCAGCAAUAAAUCGGCGACAAACACAGGAGUGUCCAAGGCAGAGGAUCAGAAAAGAGAGGAGCUGGCCAGGGACAUCAUGGGGAAGGACAAGUCACUAGCAGAUAUUCUGGAUCAGAGCAAGAUGAAGACCACAAUGGACUUGAUGGAGGGCAUCUUCCCUCAAGGGGAGCAGCUGGUGGAAGAAGCUCACCAGCGCAGGAAGGUCCAGCCGAAGCAGACAAACUCCCGGCCCGCUGAGGAAAGGGAAAAGGAGGACAGCAUGGCAGCGGCUACCUCGAUGGUGACCAGCUCUGCAUAUUACAGCACGUCUGCUCCCAAAGCUGAGCUCCUUAUCAAGAUGAAGGGCAUGCAGGACCAGGAGCAGGAGGAGGAGGACUCUGAAGAUGAGCUGGACAAUGAUUUGGCCAAUAAGAAGCAAGAGCUGAUCGACAGCCUCAGCAAGAAGCUCCAGGUGCUCCGGGAGGCCCGGGAGAGUCUUCAAGAGGACAUCCUGGACAACAACGCUCUGGGAGAAGAGGUGGAAGCCCAGGUCCAACAGGUCUGCAAACCCAACGAGCUGGACAAGUUCAAGAUGUUUGUGGGGGACCUGGAUAAAGUGGUGAGCCUUCUGCUGUCCCUAUCGGGCCGCCUGGCCAGAGUGGAGAACGCCCUCAACAGUCUGGAGGAGGAUGCUACGCCAGAGGAGAGGCGAACGCUGAUUGAGAAGAGGAAGCUGCUGAUCCGACAGCACGAGGACGCAAAGGAGCUGAAGGAGAACCUGGACCGCCGAGAGGGUGUGGUUUACGAGAUCCUGGCGAGCUACCUGCAGGAGGACAGCCUCGCGGACUACGAGCACUUUGUGAAGAUGAAGUCGGCGCUCAUUAUCGAGCAGCGCAAGCUCGAGGAUAAAAUCAAGCUGGGCGAGGAGCAGCUGAAGUGUCUGAUGGACAGCCUGCCCAUAGAGCAGCGGCUGGCCCUCUGAGGAGGACAGAGCGACACUGCUGGGUCUGAGAGUCACGUGGUUUCGGCUGCACAUGAGCACUGUGGCCAGCAGAUGGCAGCAUAGUUAAGAAACUGCACAUAAACAGCCUAUUUGGUGCAUUUUCCUGACUUGAGCAUGAGCAUGUGUGUACAUCACAACCACAAAAAACUCCACAAAACUUUUUUGUUUCUUUUUGUAAAGAUGCUGGUAUUUUUUUUUUUUAUUUUUUUUUUGUGUCAUCAACCAACCACUGUACCUAAUUCCCUUUUAUGACAUUUUUGCUUUGUUUCUUAUGGGUUUUUUAGUAAUUUAUUAUAGCCUUUUGAAUCUGGAGGAGACAGUAUUUUAUCUUCAACCGAUUUAGCUGAUGCGUGCUACGCACUGAGCAUUUAAGAGUAUUUAUCAAGUUUAAAUAAUGUCACGUGAUCUGUCAAAUCUGGCUAAAUAUGUCAGUAAAUUCAUCAUUCUUUACCUUUUACACUCAAACUAGUGGCCUUUUUUUUUUUUUUUUUUUUUUUUUUUUUUAAUAAAAUAUCCGUGCCCCUGCUUUCCUCCAUUAAGAAACACUUCCUCGAGAUGAAAAUGCACGCACCUGCAGAGACAGGAGAGUGUUUAAUAUCACUAAACAGAAGCAGCACUUGACGUCCCGGCUUGAAACAUCACAUUUGAAGUGCGCCAAGAACCACUGCACACACUCUUCAGUCCACUUCUGCAGGUCGCAUUCUUCAGAGCGCUUUUUAGAUUUAUUCACAGGCAGAAAAGUGUAAAAAUCCACAGGAUGAUGUCACCACGUGUUGACCAGGUGUUUCUGUGUGUCGUCUUCUCACGUCACCGCGGUUUUGUUUUUCAUGGUGCAGAAGUUGAAUUUCAACACUAAAAGAUGUUCAAGUUGAUGAUUAUGCAAACGGAUAUGGAGAUAAAGAGCUUUUUUUUUACCUUGACCUUCAAAUUUCAGACUCUAUGGACUAAAUCUGUCUCCCAGAUACUGGAGAACA